GAGUGUGAUUGCUUAUCGCCAACAGAAUCAGCUGGUGGGCGAUCCGCCGGUCCUCAAAGCUAUAAAGUGCGAAAUGUGGAGCCAUACUCGUAUAUUGUAUCAAUUUCGAAAAACGUUUCGUAUUUUAGAGAAGAUACCGGACAUUUCUGUGGUGGAAUAAUAGUUUCCGGCAACUGGAUUAUGACUGCUGCACAUUGUGCCUGCUUUGAUGGUUAUUGUUGUUCAGAGAAUAAGUUUCUAACUUCAAAGUGUGAUUUAAAAAAUUGGAAAAUAAGCGCUGGAUUAUUGCAACCACAGCACACGCAAAGAAAAUCGACGAGGAUGGCCAAAUAAGGGAAAUUGUCAGUGUUGUGGUCCAUGAGAAUUAUACAAAAAAUGCUAUAGGGAUACCAGAAAGGAACGACAUAGCAUUGAUGAAAGUCAAUGCGCCAUUUGACUUCACUAAACCGAAUGUUCAACCAUGCGAUCUCCCCACUAGUAUUUGUAGGGGUUCCGCAGACGAGGAAUGUGAAAGACUUUCAGCAUGGAAGUAUUGGGAGUGUGAAAUAGCAGGCUGGGGCCAAUACAGAUCUUAUUCUCUAUCCCCAUCCCCAAUAUUGAGAAGGCAGAAUGUUGUCACAACAGAUAAUGAGAAUGGAGAACAAAUCACUGCUCUGACUGCUACAGUUAGCACAACUGCUAUAGGACACGGAACAGCCUGUAGGGGUGACAGUGGCGGGCCAUUGUUUUGCAGAGACACUGACAGCAAUAGGUCUGUUGUCAUAGGAAUAAUGAGUUACGUCGAAGAUAAGUCUUGCCUUAAGAACACUAUGGGGGCCACGGUUCACACUGAGGUGUCACACCUUUUACCCUGGGUAUCAGAUAAAAUAUCAGAAUGGGGUGAAUGGAGCCAUACAUGUGACACACCAGGUCGAGCACGCAUACGCGGGAGAACUUGCCUAUUUUACAAUUACUUCAGUAUUCGCAGUGACAAAUAUCUGAGUUACCUGAAUAAUAAAGGGAAAUGUGUCAAACAAGAAUGGGACUUUUGCAAAGAAACGUGUAGCAGCAUAAGUGGAAUGUGUUCUGACCCCGACGACUGUUGCCCAAAUGAGAACCUUGCUUGUUACCUGUUAAACCGUUGUUGCAGAGAAAGAGGGGGAGAGUGUUCAUCUGAUGGAGACUGCUGUAGAGGGUUGGCUUGUAUUCGAGGCGAAUGUCUACCUUAUCAUGGCCCACCUCCCUGCCAACAACGAGACGUUGUUUUUGCACUUGAUACAUCUUGCUCGAUUGCCCAAAGCGACAAAGAAGAUAUGCGCACUAUUCUUGUUGAAUUUCUACGAAGUAAACUUACAUCAAGAGAUCCAACUGUUGGUGUACAUGUAGCAGUGCUAACAUUUAAUAAAGGCAUCCAGCAUGUCGCACAUCUUUCUGAUUCUAACGACCCUGAUAACUUGCUACGACUGGUUGAAAACAUGAACUUGACAGAGGCUGGUUGUUCUACAGAUACCUUUACCGCUCUCGAUGCAGUCCAGCAUGAGUAUUUUACUUCCGUAAAUGGUGACCGCCCGAACGUCAAAAACAUGCUUAUUCUGAUUACAGAUGGAGUAACAACACCUAAAAAAAAACAACCACUCACAUAUAAAAAUGCUGAUUCUCUACGUGCGGUUGGAACAGAUAUUGUUGUGUUAGGCUUACCACAAGGGUGUGCUGGAAAGGACGUAUCACUACGCUGUGUACCCAAGUUAGUUGGGCAGGAAGAAUGGAUUGGGAUAAGUGGUGCCGAUGAAGACCCUAGCUUAUUGCUUAACGUUCGAUUAACUGACUUUUCACAAUUAGGAUCAGACAUUUUGGAUGUUUAUAACACAAUCUGUCCUAGUCAGGGGCCCACCAGUCUAGAGCUUGCUAUUCUAGAGCCCACCAUUUUAGAGCUUGCAUUUCUAGAGUACACCAUUCUAGAGCUUGCUAUUCUAGAGUACACCAUUCUAGAGUUUGCUAUUGUAGAGCCUAAUAUUGUACAGCUUGCUUUUCUAGAGUAUGCUAUUCUAAAUAUCAUUAGCUACCCUGGCCAAUAA